GCCGCUCACUUCUCAUUCAAAUAGAGACUACUUUCCCUCAACACUACAAUCACAAAGCAAAUCAAGAAAGCUAAAGAGAAUCAAAAUGGCUAGUGGAAGUGAUCAGCGUGUGGUGGUCGUAGGAGUAGAUGAUUCAGCCCAUAGCUACCAUGCACUCGAGACGGCUCUUGAUCUCUUUUUCAUACCUUUCAAGGCCAACCCACAAUUCAAACUUGUCGUUGUUCACGGACGACCAACAGCGACCUCCUUCCUCGGUGUUGCUGGUCCUGGAACGGUGGAUAUUAUACCAAUGGUGGAACAAGAUUUAAACAAGACCGCAGAAUUGGUUAAGAAGAAGUGCUCCGAAGUGUGCUCGGCUAAGUCCGUUGAGAUCUCGUCUUUGGAGGUGAUUGAAGGAGAUCCAAGGAAUAUUAUGUUGGAAGCCGUGGAGAGACAUCAUGCAUGUGUUAUUGUCCUUGGUAGCCAUGGUUAUGGAGCUGUCAAGAGGGUGUUUUUGGGGAGUGUGAGUGAUUAUUUAGCUCAUCACGCACAUUGCUCCGUUAUGAUCGUCAAGAAACCUAAGGCUAAACCUACUUCUACGGAAACACACUAAUGAGAGGAACAAGACGUCCUAUUUUUGUUAUAUUUGUUACCAUUCUGUUUUCUUAAGUAAGACCCUAUCUAUACUCUUCUUCCCCAACAUCUUCAGUUUCACGUUAAUAGAUGUAUCACUUCGUU